AUGUCAAGCGAAGAAGAAGAGGCUAAUAGUGUUGUGGAAAGCACCAGCAAUGACGAAGAAGUGCCUGUAACAAAUGUUGAUGGUGAUGAUAAUCAAGAAAAACAAGCAAAGCCACAGAAUAAAAAAUCUGGUAAAAAAGAAAGUAAACCACUUAAACAGCAAAUUAUCUCUAGGGAUGAUUAUCAUUCUCGAAGUACACGAGCUAUGACUAAAGAAUUAAUCAGCCUAACCAAAUCGUUGAAAAAAAUGGCUAAAGAAAGACCCAAGACCGAUUCGAAACCUUUUACACCCAAUAUUUAUAACAAUUUGAAACCUUACUAUAGUACUGAUACAACAUGGUUUCUGUUUAAACAUCCUGAACCAUUCGAGUUAGCUGGUCAUGGUCAACGUCCCACAGCGGUUGGCUUAGUUGAACCAAGAAUAUCAUUGAAUAUGGAUAUGAAAUUUGAAUCUGUUGUUCGCACCGUUCAUCCACAAUAUAAACGCCGCAAAUCACCGCGUAAGAAAGCCGACAGAGUUAAUCUAGUUGAUGAUAAAGAAUCGAGGUCUAAUGGCGGUAGUAAUAUUAUUCAGUUUCCUAAAAUACAGCCAGCGACAAUCAGUGUUCGUGGUCGCGGACAAUAUGUCGAUUAUAAGGAUCUACCGAAGAUAAGGGAUGAAAUGAGACGAGAAUACAACCUUCGUCGAGCUAAGCGCCAACAGAUUGAAGGCCAGAAAGUCAUCGACGAUUUUGAAAGAUCGAAAUUAAACGAAUUAAAAACAAGAAUAUCUGCAACAUCGCAAAUGCAGUUGAGAUCUGCUGUUGUUUCUUAUUUUGGGCCACCAUCCUCAGCAGGAACAACUAAUAGUACGGCAGUAUAG